AUGCCAACAACACCUUGGCGGACGUUGAGCCAUUGUUUCAUCAAGCCGCCGUUGAGAUCCAAACUAGGGUUAGGGGAUACUACACUAGUUCCGGCAGCCGCUUUACCAGAACAGCAACCUUUGGUUCUCGGACUUUUGAACUGCUCACCUCAGUCCUUUCCAGCCCUGUUCAGCUCCUUUGAAGAAGACCUCGGUUUUGACUCGUUAUAUUCGAACCGCAAAAGGUCCAACCACGGGCUGGCGGAUGCUGCCGACAGAGCUCUGACCAGGACCCUGAGAAAUUUUGCCCCAAAAUUCGGUCUGGAGCUUGGCUGGGGGUUUACGGCGAGGACAUGA